AUGACUGAAGUUGUCUCGGUUAAAAAAAAUGCAGCAGUGCCUUAUAUUCCUCCUGAAAUUAUUCGAAUUAUUUUGGAUUUAUUGAGGGAUGAUAAAAAAACUCUCGCUGCCUGUGCUUUAGUUAAUCAUACUUUUAACCUUCAUUCCACUCCGGUCUUAUAUCAUACUGUCGCGUUUACUUCUCAUCAUACGUUUACGAAUUUCAUUAAUGUCAUGAAUGAUAUUAAAAAGUGUUGUUCUCAAAUGAUUCGCAACUUAGAUUUUUCCACUUUCUCUACCUGCGGCCUGCAAAAAAGUUUUGAACCCCAAAAAGUCGUCACUCCAGAAAUUUUAAUUCAUAUUCUAAGAUCUUUUCCCGAAUUAAAAGCCUUUUCGAUAUCAGAAUUUUUGGAAUCUGUAAUUACCCUUGAUGUUUUAAGAGUUUUAUUUUUAGAAUGUAAAAGCAUAAAAACUAUUGAUUUUUGUGGAUUCGAUAGUAGACAAUUUAGUAACGCUUUUGAUGAAUUUUCUAGUUUAAUUGGUCGAGUUAAAAUAGAUUCAAAGUGUAAUGAUUAUAAUGAGACAAUGAUUUCUUUUCGCAUGAUAUCCAAACCUUUAUUAUCUCAUUUACAAAGACUUUCAUUUCAUGAAUGUCCAGUAAUUUCUGAAUACUCAAUUAUUAUACCUAUUCUUGCUCAUGCACCAAAUCUUACUCACCUUGAUUUGGGCGGUUGUUCUGUAAGCGAUUUAACAUUAAAUUUCUUAGCUGGAACAAAUAUUCCAACAAAGUUAUCUCAUUUAUUAUUGGCUAAAUGUAAAAAUAUUUCUUCCGAAGCCAUUUCAUCUCUUGUUUCAAAAUGUUCUCGAUUGGAAACUCUCAAUUUAUAUGGUGACAGGGAUAUCACUACAGAUAUUAAAGAAUAUGAUUUAAUUACCAUACUUCAUUCACCAAAUGCAAAGAAUUUCCGAACUUUAGAUAUUGGAUCUUCACAGAUAACACCUUUAAUUUUAACAGCUAUCAAAGAUAAUUGCCCAUCUUUACAAUAUCUUGGUAUUUCGAAAGCACAGAUUACCAAAUUAAAUCUUAUUAAAGAUCUUUUAAUGUCCUUACCAAAUUUACAAUACGUUGAUCUUACUUCUGUUUCGUGUUUCAAUGUUUCAGGUUUCAAUCUUUUGAACGCAAACAAUUUGUUAACUGACAUAAAAAAGAACAAUCAUUCAAUUCAUACAAUCGAGAUGAGUGAAUCAUUAAUUAAAAAACUUGAUACAGUUGAUGGAUGGAAGAUUAACGCAAAUUAUGGAAGAUGGCAUUACUCUCGUGAAUCUCAGAAAGAAGAGAUUAAAUAUGAUAGAUUACAUGGUAGAAACUGGAUAUGA